GAUGUCGUUCUCAUUUAACUUUUUAAGAACCCCCUGGAUGAGUUCUGAAGACGUCCGCCGAAACAACGAAGGCGUCCUGUCCAGCUGCAAGCAGGGAGACCUGUUAGAGUUUCCCAGGGGUAAGUUCUUCUCCCACUGGGGAGUGUAUGCGGGCGAUGGCAAAGUCAUCCACCGCACAGGAGACUACGGCGGCGGCAGCGGCUUCCUGGGGUAUCCGCUGAGCUCACUGUUCCCUUCUGGUGUGCAGGUCGGGAAGGCAAAGGACAUGGCCGUGCCGUCCGGGGACGAGGUCGUGGAGAGGGCUCGGUCCCGUCUGGGGGAGACCGGCUACAACGUGCUGUGGAACAACUGCGAACACUUCGCCACAGGCUGCCGCUAUGGGAAGGAACAGAGCCAACAGGCGAUCGUGGCCGGGUCCGUCAGCACGGGUCUCACGGCGGCAGGCUGGCUGACCGGCACACUGUCCAUCUUCAGCCUCGGUCUCGGAGCGCUGUUCGCUCUGCCCGUGUUCCAGAGCAAGAAAUCGUCCAAAUAGACUUGCCGCACAUUUGUGCCUCUUUCUUGCCCUCCUAAAUAUUAGUAGUGACUUGAGGUACAGGAAUGAAAAUAAACAGGAGAAACGUGCCCAUUACCUAUAUACCAUCUUAUCUAUAGUUUUCACGGCUCCCAUACGCCCGGCUUAUGCUACGGUCACAUGUGCACGUGUGAUUUUAACUGAGAGUUUUAAGAUUAUCCAGAGUCCCGACCGUACCCACAAAGUAGCCCGGUAGACACAGAGUGUCCAAUGGAGCUUCGAAGGGGUCCCGUAAACUACCCAAAGAGAAACCUUUUUCCAAAGUUGGACCAUAGCAUUACCAACCUGGGGUGUGGGGGCCGUGAAAAAAUUACCUGGUUUUGCAACCAGGCUACAUACCCAUAUCUUUUUGUCUCAUCUUGCCUGAAUGUUUGUAGAGACAAUAAUUUGCAUGUUUUAGACAGUUUUAGCUGGCUUUGUAAACAAUGUUGUGACGUGGUGAGGUAUAAGCGACUGAUGCACAACAGGACUUGUUAUACCAAACACUCACGAUUUGGGUCUGUGUCUUCUAAUAGGUCCUUGCAUGGUCAGAAAUUGUCCUGAUUUACUCGAAAUUUUCUAUCAUCUAUGUAUAGAUGCACUGCAUGUAUAGAACAGUGAAAUGAGAUCAUCUUCAUCUUCUACACUGAACAGCCCUUACCGAUAAUAGUUUUGUGGUCUAUUAUUGUUCUUAUAGCUGUCAAGUCAAUUUCUUUAAUGACUAUUGAUCUCGCAAAACCUUGAUAAAUAGAGGUAUUACCCCUGUAUGGCUAGUCUUAUCUCUGGUAAAACCAAUAUAACGGGCUAUGACUUUACCUGUGUAUCAAAUAUAUGUCAUGUAGAUUUAUGUACAUGUACCAUUGGACAUUGAUUAUUUGUAUUGCUACGAC